AUGGGAGAAAAUGAGGCAGCCUGGAUCACUGCACCUGCAGCAUAUCCUUUCACGGUCAACAGUGCGCCAAAGCCUAAGCCAGGCGCCGGCGAGGUUGUGAUUAAGAAUGCUGCCGUUGCCAUUAACCCUGUUGACUGGAAGAUUCAGAGCCUAGGUGGCUACAUAAACAAAUAUCCCUUCAUUUUAGGCGAGGAUGCUGCUGGAAUCGUCGAAGAUGUCGGCCCCGGUGUCUCACGGUUCAAGAAGGGGCAUCGAGUAAUUGCUCACUGUAAUGGCCUCAUGACGCAAGACCCUGCCAAUUCAAGUUUUCAACUAUACCCCGUUGUCACCGAGGCUCUUGUGGCUGAAUUGCCCGAUUCGUUGACUUUUGAAGAGGGCUCUGUACUGCCGUUGGCGAUCUCAACAGCCUGCGCUGGCCUGUACCAAAAAGACCGUCUGGGUUUACCCUUGCCUGUGGUUGAUGGUGCUGAACCGACAGGUCAGACGAUCGUGGUAUGGGGCGGUGCAUCAUCGGUCGGCGCAACAGUAAUUCAGCUUGCAGUGGCCUCGGGUGUCACUGUCCUGACUACUGCAUCCCCGGCAAACCACGAUUUCGUCAAGUCCCUGGGUGCACAGAUCGUGUUUGACUAUAGGUCAUCUGAUGUUGUGCAAGACACGGUUAAGGCACUUGCGAGCACCAAUUUUGCUGGGGUCUAUGAUGCAAUCUCGGAGGAUACCAGCUUCAAAGCUAUCUCGGCGAUUCUGGAUGGGUUGAACAUGACGGUGAAUGUGGCCAGUGUCUUGCCGUAUGACAAGCCAACUGAACGAUUUGCUCCAAAGUAUGUUAACGAAGCCAUUUCUGCCACAGUGCUUGCCUACUCUAUUAUUCAAGAACCUCACAGCGCUAUUGGUGAGUGGAUUUGGGGCAAAUACGUCCCACUGGCUUUGGCAAAUGGAAGUUUCAAGGCCAAGCCGGAGCCUUUAGUUGUCGGCAAUGGACUUAAAGAUAUUCAGAAGGGUCUAGAUGUACAAAAGAAGGGUGUGUCUGCUAAAAAGGUGGUCAUCGCAUUUUGA